UGCAGCCAUGGACAUUGUGGAGCGCAUUCUAGCUGUUGCAAACGUCAUCUACGGUCAAUAUCAGCACAUGAAAUACUGCAAGAAGCAGAAAGAGCGCCUUAUCAAGCGCAUGGAGGUCCUCCUGAGACCUAUUGAGCUCCUCCAGGCUCAGCCCCUUAGCAAACUGUCCUCCAAUCUGAAAUUUAUGCUGCAGAACAUGUUGGGCCUUCUGCUGGAAGCCCAGGAACUCUUUGAGAAGUACAAAAACCAUAACAGGCUAGAGAGGUUCAUGAAAGCUGGUGAGAUGCUGGAAGAGUUUGCAUACCUGAACGAGCGCUUUGGAGACAUGGGCCAGGGACUUUUGCUGCAGCUCCAGGUGGAGCAGAAGGUGCUAGUGAGCUUUCAGAAGUGCGUGGUGAGCAAGGAAUGCUGCCAAGAUCUGGCAGAAGACAAAGUUUGCUGGAAGGAGAUGAUCAAAGGGCAGCAGGGAGAAGCUCGUACAGAAAUCACAGAGAUAAACAAGGACUUUCUAACCAAGAUGACUUUUCUGUUGGAGAUGAAAGACCACAUCCUGUACAAAGGAGAAUAUUACAAAAGUCCAGUGGUCGUCAAAGUCUUCAAAAAUCCUUUGACCACCAACACAAAGAAGGUGAGGGAGAUCUUUGAGGAGGAGAUCAGGACUCUGAAAAGGUUGGAGUCCUCCUACAUUGUGCGCUUGUACGGCAUCUGCAUUGAUGAAAGCGGGAUGGUCCCCCAGUUCUCCAUCAUCACCGAAUAUUGUGAAAAAGGCACCCUGAGGGAAGUGUUGAGAAAGGAACAGGACCUGCCCUGGAAGAUUCGCUGUGACAUGGCUUCGGAUGCAGCCGCUGGGCUGUACAGGUUGCACCAGACGGGAGACAAGUGCCAGCUGCAUCGUUGCAUCAACAGUUCCAAAUUCUUGGUUGCCAAGGGCUACUGUGUAAAGCUGUCAGGAUUUAAACUGGACCAGACAGAGUCCUCCAUCAGUGGAAAAAGCAAAAAUAAAGUCCCCAGGGAGGUCUCUUCUUUAGCCUAUAUCUGUCCAGAGGGCCUGGCCUCUUUAUACCAUCCGUACAACUUGGCUAGUGAAAUAUACAGCUUUGGAAUUGUGCUGUGGGAGAUCGCAACUGGGAAGCUUCCCUUUACAGGUUGCAACUCUCAAGAAAUCUAUAAGAAGGUUUAUGAGCAAAAAGUGCAGGAGCCUUUAGGAGAAGACUGUCCAUCCUAUUUACGGACAAUCAUCAACCAGUGUCGGAGUUAUAACCCUUCCAAGCGCCCAACUACUGAAGUGAUUGUGAACCAGCUCCUCAUUGACCAGGAUGACAACGGUAGCAACUUGACUUCUUGAGUGAAAAUCAGUGAUUGUGGAAGAUAUGUAGUCACCUGAACCUUCUCUCUUUUUUCUCCACGUUUCAAUAUUGUUAUUCUUCAGGGAUAGUCUCAUUGCCAUGAACUCUGAGAAUCAUUUUUGAACAAUGGACCCAGAACUUAAUUUUGAUUAGUUUUUAAUUGAUUAAUUUUAAUCUCUCUGCCUCUAUAGACUGACUUUGUUUAAAAGACAUUACGGAAAGGAAUAUCUUUUACUGGACAAGACUGAGACGGAUCUGAAAGUUGAUUUUAAAAUGACAGCUUACAAGAAAGAUAAGGAAAAAGAUGUUUCACAGGACAUAUAAAAGGAACAAGUUCAUGUCUUAAAAAUAAAGAGGGAAAUUCAUUCUAUUGCCCUGGUAUAUGCACCAUGGCACAAUCCACCUGCUAUAAAAUAACAGUUCCUUUAUUGUUACCCAUUGCUCUCUAAUGUCUUGUCUUAU